AUGGGCAUGGGAAUGAACAACCCUCUCCAGCUCAAGUCGCUGAAUCACAUCUCCCUCAUCUGUCGAUCCGUCGAGAAAUCCCUCCAUUUCUACCAGUACGUUCUUGGCUUCUUCCCCAUUCGUCGCCCUGGCUCAUUCGACGACGCCUGGCUGUUUGGUUACGGAAUCGGAAUCCAUUUGCUUCAGUCCGAAGACCCAGAAAGCAUGCCCAAGAUCAGCGAAAUAAAUCCUAAAGACAACCACAUCUCCUUCCAAUGCGAGAGCAUGGCGAUGGUGGAGAAGAAACUGAAGGGAGGAGAGGAGGGUGCUGUGGAUGGCGACUCACUUUAUUAA